AAAAAUGUUGAACAUGCUAUGACCUUUAAAAUGUAGCCUAUAUAAUACCUAUUUUUCUAAAAAAAUAUCAAAUUAUAUAAAAAAAUGAAUUAUUUUCAGUCCCUAUAAUUUUUAUCACUAUUAUUGAAAUAUAUAUUAAUAAGAGUUAGAGACUUUUGCCAUUAUUAUUUCAGAGGUCAGAGAUAGCAGACGAAAACAUGGAAAAUGUACAGAAUGGAAUUGGAUAGAUAGAAAGUUCUCGAGCUCAAGUUUUCUAGCCUCUCUAUUUGCUAUAAUUGUAUUUUGUUUUUUACAAAUUUAGGCAAGGGUAAAAGCUAAAAGGUACAACUAUUUGAGACGUGAAAUGUAGAGGUUAGGAAUAGUAUUUUGAAGUUGUUUAAGUUGAUAUAAAUUUAAUCACAAAGAUCUUUGAAUAUUGUGGUGGUUGAGAUUUUUCAAACCGUUGAAGAUAAGGAUAACAUCUAUUGAAAUAUUGGUAUCGGCAUGCUUGGCAAAUAAUUGCAUGCAAGUUUAUCUGUCCAUAAUUCUCGGAUAAGUAUUUUUUCAUUGUAAUGGCUAUUUGCUUCAGAUCAUUCCCAAACCGAUUUAUUACAGUGAAUGUGAAUAAUUUCAUCGCUACCAGAAAACACGUGCAUAGGACGGUGUCAUCAAGGGAUUAUCCAAAUGAAUCUUAUGGCUUGAACAAGCACACCGAGGAAAAUUGUACUGUGAGUAAUGCAUGUCUUUUUGACACUGUAUUCAGUGAUGAAAUCAUCGAGUCCCGUUGUACCAGAAAUAUAUUUCAAUGUAGCAAGGUACUGGCGCAACCAAACUAUACUGCUUUGGCCAAGGAAAAAUGUAAAAUUCCCGACGAUAUCAUUUUGUGGAAGACUGGCAUUGGAUCAGAGGUGAUGAAAUUGACGAGUGACAACUACAGUUCUCUUUCCUCUAACAGUGUUUACGUUCGUUCAAAUCAAAAUAAUGUAAUGGAUUUGUAUAGAUCCUACGUAUCCGAAGCUAAUGGCAUAUCUCGUGAAAAUUUGGAAUGUGUAUUGAACCUUUCUAGUAGAUUGAAUAUGAGCAGUCAGCAAGAAAUGCCCAAUUCCAAACCAUCAACACCCUAUAGGGAUUCGAAACCGUCGAUUGAUCAGCUGGAAAAUAUUCAGCAAGUCCUUUCCAAAGACCUACCAUAUAUAUUUGUUCGCCCGAUGGACUACAACAUUUAUGAUAGUAAUCUGAUCUUUGAGAACAACUAUCGUGGAGUGAGACUUGUAGGUCUGUCCAAUUACGUUACCAGCAUAUCGUUGAUGAAGUUGGGAAGCCAUCUCAAGUUUGCUUACGUUAAAUUCGAAAUUAUCAAUAUAACCAAACAUCCUGAGGAGGGGUCGGUGAAAUUGAGAUGGAGGAUCAGAGGAUUAUCUGGCUUGAAGGUAUUCCUACUGUUCUGGAGAAUUAAGGUGUGGAAAUUGAAAGAUACUAUAAAAGAUCAUGAAACGUGGUACGAUGGGUUUUCUGUAUUUUAUGUAAAUGGCGAAGGAAAAAUUUACAAGCAUGUUUUGGAUAAGAUGCAACCAGACGAUGAUAAGGAAGAGCUGGUGCAUAAGACACCGCUGGCAGCGAAGCUGGGUUUGCUGCUGGGGUUGACGCCGCGUAGCUCGUCACUCAGCGACCUGUCACCUAUGGCCUGGACCUCUCUCAGCCACCUGAGCGACCGCGACGCUGAGCUAGUGUCUCAGGCGAUGGCCCAGCUCAUGCUGCCGCUCGAGAAGAUCGAAUAAAGUCCACAAAUUAUAUAUUUAGUCUGGCUAGAAACUAAAUAGUGAGCUGCAUCCGUUCCGCCGCCCCGACGCUGGUGGAGACAGUUAAGACGAAAGUUACUUACAUUAAGUUUGCUUUCUUCUAAAUUCGAAUAACGAACGAAAAUAAUUAUCGACACCUGAACUACUAAUGAGCGAAAUUAUGCAAUUAAUAGUCUACACGCAAUAUGGCAUCGCUGAUCUUUCUUACUUUUCACAAUUCAGCCCUGCUGCUUUAAAAUUAUCCACAAACUUGAACCAAGCAUGCAUUUUUCCAUAAAAUGAGAUAAUUAUCAAACCUAUUAAAAUUAAUAAAUUUCCCAACCUAUGAAAGUAUGCCUUGACUUUUGUAACAACUUUUCAAUUGAAUUCAAAUACUUUCAGAAUUAUCUGUAGAUUGCAGUAUCACCUACAUAAAUUCAUAAAUUUCACAUGGAUUCUACCUUAUAAUGUUACUUGAAGCUAUGUAAAAGAAUGUGAUCUUCCAUACCAAUUAUCCUUAAUUCUAAUACAUUAUAAAAUGCCAGUACUUCAAUUUCUUAAUCAAAUAAGCUCAAUAAGCUUAAUAAUUAACUCAAUGUAGACAGAAGGUUUCUAUAGUGAGUUUAUGAUAUUCAACUCAUCUCUUAAUUGUACUGUAGUACCUUUUCAUUGAAGUUCUCAGUAUUAUUGAUUUAAUAAUAUUUUUAUUCACUGAAUUGUAUUAUUCCUUGGAUUUUUUUUUCAAAAAUAAUUUUUAAUGAGUACAUUUUUAAUCUAGAUCAAAAAUUUCUUAGUGUGUUGGUAAUGUUCAAAAUUGGUGUAUUUCGUUACUCAGAUGGUUUGUUGCAAAAUUAUGCAUUUUUGAGUAGCCGUUAUGUGAAUGGGUGAAAAUAUAAAUAAACCAAAUAAAAUCUCAAUAAAGUUACAUUAUACGUUUUUGGAAUGUAAAUUAUUAUAUUUUUUGUAAAUCUUAAUAAUUACUAAUUUACUUAAGAAUGCUUUUUUGUUAUUAAAAAUCUGUGUUAAUUCAAUAUUAUUUUUGUUGAUAAAGAAUUGGAAUUGAUAUAACUAGAAAGUUCAUGAAUAUGCAAUUGAAAAAAAUAUUUUAACGUCAAUGACACGCUGUGAUGAUUGAAACAUUGUCAAUGACUCUGAAAGUGUAUAAAGACAUGUAUUUGUAUUUUCACUAUGUUAACUACUUGUCCAAUAAUGGUAAUAGAUCAAUUCAUGUUGAUAAUUGAAUAUUAAAAUUAUGAUGCCAUUUGUUGUGAAUGUAAAUAAUUUAGUUGAAUAAAAACAUUUUUUUGUUUUCUA